AUGGCGUUCCUGCAGCAGAUGCGUUCCCCUCUCCUCUCCUUCAUCCAGACGGCCGUGUCGCUCUUCCUGGGCACCGUGGCCCUCAUGUCCUCAUUCUGGUGUGUGGGCAAACAGAAAGUGCCCAAGCCGCUGUGUUCGCCCACCAAGCACAGCGACUGCAUCCCUGUCCCCGGCGUGUCCAACUCCUCCAGCAUGCAGUUCUUCUGGGAGACUGGGGACGACCGCUUCGUCUUCCCCACCUUUCACACCGGCCUGUUCAUCAUCUGUGAGGAGAACAUCUACACAGACACAUGGGGUAUGAGACACAUCUGAGCAUGUUAACUGUGCCGAUAAAGGGGGAAAUGGGAGACAAAAUAAACAGAUUCCUCACUGGAC